GCUAUGGACUUGCUUGUUGGGAAUGGGGGCGCCAGAGGGUGAACGUUCUCUCGGCUCCCUCUCUCUCGAAGCUGUGACAGAGGGGCUUCACCGGGCGAGCUCUCUCUCUCUCUCUCUCUCUCUCUCUUUCUCUCUUCAUCGACUGCAGGCGGCGACCGGCGACGGCCGGCUGGAAGAAGGAUUCUGCAGUAGGUUUUGAUGAAUGGCUUUUCUUCAUCCAGAAGCAGCACUGGUAUCGGUGCAGCUCUUUCCUAUUGUGUACAGCAGGUACGCAGAUAUGACUAUCACCACUAUCUCUGCUUGCUACAACUCCCCCCUUCCAUGCGCAAAGCAGGAUUUGCUCUACGUGCUUUCAAUGUUGAAACUGCCAAAGCCAUGGAUGCAAAGUCCGACCCUAAGCUUGGACUCAUGCGUCUGCUCUGGUGGCAAGAAGCUGUUGACAAGAUCUUUGCCAAGAAGGUCAUUGAGCAUCCAGUUGCCCAGGCUCUAUCAUCUUUAACUGCUGAACUUAAAAUAAGCAAGACUUGGCUUAAGCGAUCUGUGGAAGCUCGGAUAGCUGAUGCUAAGAGGGAGGAGCAUGACAUUCCAAAGGCCAUUGAAGACCUUGAGAAGUAUGCAGAGGACACAGCGUCAACACUACUGUAUUCAACUCUUGAGGCAGGUGGGAUUCGGUCUGCUGCUGCUGAUCAUGCUGCAUCACACAUCGGAAAGGCUAGUGGCCUGCUAUUACUGCUUAGGUCACUCCCACAUCAUGCAUCCUCUGGUCGCAACAUUCCAUACAUACCAAUUGACUUGGCUGCGAAGCAUGGGUUGUUGAUACAGGAAGCUGGCAAAUUGCUGGUUGACGUACGGCCAAGCAGGGGGCUGGAGGAAGCAGUCUAUGAGAUGGCAUCUGUAGCGAGCCUUCAUUUAAACAAGGCUAGACAGUUGGCUGCAACUGUGCCCAAGGAGGCUAUCCCAGUCCUUUUACCUGCUUUUCCUGCUGAGAUCUUAAUGCGUUCGCUACAUCGGAGGCAUUUUAAUGUGUUUGAUCCAGGGUUAAGUAGAGGUAUCUUAGGCAUUUCUCCGUUAUGGUUUCAAUUGAAAUUGAAAUGGUAUGCACUGCGAGGGCAGUACUGAGCACGGAGUUUCGAACUUCCGAUGGCUUGUCACUCAUAAUUUUUGUGGGUUGACUAGUAAUAAGUUUUUGUGGGUUCACUAACAAAAAUGUUUUGUGCUUUUCUUCUGAACUCACACGCUUAUGAUUCCUCAUUCUGUUGUCCAAUACGCCAUUUUUGUAGACCCAUUAUGAUUUUCUGUCGCUUCUGCAGCUCUUCCCUAUUA